AUCGCGGUGACUGAUGGAGAACAGGCGAGGCUCACAGUGACAGCAUGGAUCCCGACAGCGGGCUGGAAGCUCAGCGAGCUCUCAGCGUGCCGUGGAAGAGCUACAAACUGAUCCAGGACCCGGCCAUCCGUAGGGUCUCUCAGAAGGUGUACCGAUACGAUGGGGUGCACUUCAACGUACCGGAUUCGGGUUUCACCCCAGUGGGGGAGUUGAGGGACCCGCGACCCCGCAGGAUCUGGUCCAAACGCACAGAGCUGACUCUUCCAGUGCCCAGAUUCAAGUUGGAUGAGUUUUACGUGGGCCCCAUUCCUCUGAAGGAGGUGACCUUUGCGCGCCUGAAUGACAACAUCCGGGAGCCUUUUUUGGCUGAGAUGUGUGCCAAGUUUGGUGAGGUGGAGGAAAUGGAGAUCUUGUUCCACCCCAAGACACGCAAGCAUCUUGGCCUUGCCCGCGUCAUCUUUACCAGCACCAGGGGUGCAAAGGACACUGUCAAGAACCUGCACAACACCUCAGUCAUGGGCACUAUCGUCCAUGCACAGCUGGACAUCCGAGGCCAGCAGAGGAUGAAGUAUUAUGACCUGAUAGUCAGUGGUACUUACACCCCGCAGACUGUUCCCACAGGAGGGAAGGCCCUGUCUGAAAAAUUUCAAGCCCCUGCACCUGCCUCCACACACCCAGACACAUCUUCAGACAUUCGGCGCAGACCUUCUGUCGACCUUAUGGGGUCUGGUGUGCCCCCUCUCACCCCGGGCAGCACCACUCCGUGCUCUGCAGACACAGGCUUCAGUGAGCAGCGCCUAGACACGCCCAUUUCCUCGCUGGGGGGGCCUUACACCCCUGGUUCCUCUGCAUCCUCCCAGGGCGGGGGCACGCCUUACACACCUCGCUCAGGGACACCCUUCUCCCAGGACUCGGGCUUCGGGGGGAGAUAUGGAAAUUUGGGUUAUGGUGGAGGCAAUGGCAGUGGUAUGAGCAGCAGUUACCCUCCACAAGACCUGCUGCCCUCUUCCUCCUGCUCUUCCUCCGCAGUGUCUUCGUCGUCUUCUGGAGGAAGCUACAUGCCCUCACGUUUCCACGAAGACCUUCAUCCACCACCCCAGGAGGGGCCACUGUUCCACAGGGGACGCCUUCCUUACCCCCCACCAGUUUCCUAUCGCCCAAAUGAGCCUCCUCCCUACCCUCCUUACCCCAGCAGUGCAGCAGCAGGACAACUGCAACUCCACUCACCUCUACCACCUCCACCCCCUGCCUCCCAGUACGAGACCCCGGCCCUCUCAGAAAGGGACAGGGAGAGAGAGAGAGAACGAGACAGAGACUCUGGGGCACGGUAUGGGGGUGGAAUCAGUGCCCGGCGGUCCUCUUAUCACCACCAUCCACAGGAGGCCAAUGCGUCUUCUAAGUUAUCUUCGUAUCACUCUCACCACCACCACCACCAUCACUCUGAGCGGAGAGACGACCGGGGCUACCGGAGUGGCAGCAGCGGUGGCAGCUCGGGCUCUAGGUCUGGGGACCAUAGUCACCAGCGGCACCGGAACCACCACCACUCCCAUAGCCGACGCCGGGGCAGCCGGGACCGAGACCGGGAGCGGGUCAGAGAUCGCGAGAGGGAUCGGGACAGGGAUAAAGACAAGGAGAGCGAGUACCCCAACAACUCAGACCUUCCUCUGUCUGGCUACUCAUUCCCUUCGAAAGAGGCACCCCCACUGCCUCCUCAUGACAUGGAGCCCACAUCAAGCUUCCGUCCUCAACAGAUGGGAGGAGCACCCAGGGAGAGAGGUCUGGGCACUGAUAAGGACUACCGCCUCCAAACCCCCAUUCCACCGCCUCCUCCCCCACCACCGCCUCCCUUACCACCAGCUUCGGUCAUUGCAGCUGCAGUUGCUGAGACUUACAGUGCAGCAGACUAUGACCAGGAGAGUCCACCCCCUGAGGAUAAAUGGGCUAAGGUUAAGCGCAGGCCCAGGACCCCUCCACUUCCUCCCCAGACAUCCCUCUCGUCAAAGCACUUUCCCUCCUCACCAGUCCAUCCCUCGAUCACCUCUUCCUCUUCCUCCCCUUCCUCCUCCUCCCUCCCUCUUCACUCCUCUCGCUCCCCCCCACUCUCUUGCUUGGAGCGCAACUCCUCGUCCCCUGAACCAGAUUCCACCAAUGAGAGCUUGCCGUUCGUCUACCACAGCAGCAGCCUAGACUCACGCAUUGAGAUGCUUUUGAAGGAACAGAAGGCCAAAUUCUCCUUCCUUGCAUCCGAUGAGGAGGAAGAGGAAGAGAAGGAUGAGAAGUCACGGGUGGAGGAGAGUGAUAGUGGAGUGCCGCUGGGUGAUGGAGAAGGUCUGGGCUGCAAAGGUGAGCCUAGAGAGAGAGAAAGUGAGCGAGACAGACAGAGGAGGAGGGAAGGAGACUGGGAGGUGGGAGACACGGAGGAAGGCAAAACUAAGUGGAAAGGGGAGCAUGAGAGGGAGUGUGAAGGCCUCAGGAGGAAGUCCAGGAAAGAAGGGGGAGGAGAUGUGAGGAGAAGCCCAACAGCAGGGGCAGCUGUGACUCCAUCCUUAACCUCUUCAGCCCGAACACCUCCUCUAGAGGCAGAGCAAGCCCACCUGGGCCGAGCUGCCACAGACCAGGAGGAGGUUCACGCUUCCAGUCCAGCCGACCCCCGCAAGAGGCUCGGCGCACACACCCCUCCGACUUACAAUGGACAGGGUCAGAACUCCCCCCGUUCGUCCGGCGAGGACAUGGAGAUAUCAGAUGAAGAUGAAUGUGCCACCUCCGCUGGCACCACGCACCACAGUGGCCUGCCUUCCUCCUCCUCCUCUCCAGUCCCGUCGUCUCAGUCUGCCCCACCAUCCCAGACCCCUGAUCCUGCUUCCUCACCCCCUGCCCGGUCUGACUCUGCACAGCACUUUGGCGCCGUCCUCCCACCACCCCCCAUGCCAUCAUACCCACCCCACCUGCCCCCACCGCCACCUCAUGGGUUCUCCUUACAGCCUCCCCCUCCUCCUGGUAUCCCGCCACCUCUCCCUCACAUGGAGCUGCACCCAGAGUAUCCCCCUCCCAUCCCUCACCACAUGUACGACUACACCAGCUCUGUGGAGCUCAUGAACCAGUACAGCGGCGGGGCCCCCAUGUCCUUUCAGAUGCAGACGCAGAUGCUGAGCCGGCUGUAUCAGAUGCGCAUGGCCUCCAGCAAUGGGACAGCUACCCCUGGUGACCCUUCUCAGUCGGACUACCCUCCCUCCUUCCCUCAUGACAUGUCCCACCUGCACUCUCUCCCUCCUCCGCACCCGCACCACCCGUACCUGGACCAAGAAGGGGGCAGUGCUCACUUUGACCAGGAUCACCGCUACAUGCCUCCGCCUAUCCCAUACCCUUACCCUGACCCCCAUGGUCCCCAGCUCCCACCUCCCCACCAUCACGGGCUUCCUCCUCCCCACUCUUCAUGGCCACACCAUAUAGCCCCUCCGCAUUACCCGUCCUAUCUCCACCCACCUCCCUAUGGGCCGCUGUCCCCCUCUACCAGCUCGACCACAUCCUCAUAUGGGGCCCAGUACGGUGGGGUGGGGGGCUCACAUUUGCCCGUGUUGGCCCAGCAUCCCCAUGAAGCCACAGUGCGCCUGGUGUUGGCUGCCCUCAUUCAGGAGAUGAGGAGCAUCGUUCAGAGGGACCUGACACGCAAGAUGGUGGAGAACAUCGCCUUUGGCACUUUCGACGAGUGGUGGGAGCGCAAGGAGAGGAAGGCCAAGCCUUUUCAGACAGUGGUGCGCAGUGCAUCAGUUGCUCGAGCAGAGGAGGAUAGGAAGGAGAAGGAGGAGAAGCCCAACAGCCGCCCUCGGGAACCCAUGCUCUCCCUAGUGGACUGGGCCAAGAGUGGUGGCAUGGAGGGCUUUUCUCUCCGCGGGGCACUCCGGUUGCCCUCUUUCAAGGUGAAGAGGAAGGAGCCCAUGGAGCUCAAGGACACAGGGGAGAUGAAGAGGACCCGUCCUUCAACUCCACCAGACGAGGAGGAUGAGGACUCGUACCAGGAAAAGGGUCCAGACACUAUGGAUGGACGUGGGGAAGGCAGGGAUGCCAGAUCAGAGAGAGAUGUACAGAGGGCAAGAAAGCGGAUAAAGAGGAAGAAGCCCUUCGACUUAGACAGCGAGGGAGAGGAGACCUCUGACGCCUCUUCCUCAGACAAGGAGGAUGAUGAUGAUGAUGAAGACAGCGAUAAGGAGGACGAAUCUGAAGACGAGGCUCUGAGUGGUGACAGUGAUGAUGAGAGCAUUUCCUCCUCGUCCUCGGAAAGCAGUUCCUCAUCUUCAUCAUCUUCAACCACCUCUUCCUCUGAUGAGGAGGAGGAUGACGAAGAAGAGGUUGCACAAGCUGGCGAGAGUGAGGGCAUCGACACCAUGGACGAGUCUACGAUGGACAGUGCCGUGCUGGAUGUGGAAAGAGAUGAUGAGAGUGAACAGGAUCAUGUCAAGCAACUCGGCACCACAACCUUGGAAGACAGCAAAGUUUCUGAUGUCAAAGCAGGAAUAGCAGAAACACAGAAGACUGGAACAGAAGACAAGCAGGCAGCCCAGACCUUCCUUGGCUCAGAUCGCCCACCUUCACCACCACCACCCCCUCGCCCUUCUUCUCCUAUCAUGCUCCUCCCUCCUCUCAAGAAGCGACGCAAGACAGUCUCCUUCUCUACAGAGGAAUCAGAUGGCAAAGCAGCACAGCCUUCCUCUCUUCUUGCAGCCCCUGCCUCACCUGUUCCUUGCCCUGCCCCCACGCAGUCCCUCCUCCUUUCUCCUGUGAAGGCCCAGCCACCAGAUUCCAUACUUACAGCCUCUUCCCCAAGUUCCACACCAGCCACUCCUCCUUCAGCGGUCAGUGCCAAACCCUCCCCUAUGCUCCUCCCGUUUGCCUCCAAACCAGGAGAAGGCAGCACCCUCUCCACAGCACCCUCGCCAGGCUCUGUCCUCACUGUACCUCCACCUAUCCGCUCACUUCGUCCCGACGAGCCUAAAAAGAGCACCGGCCCACCCACAUCUCCACAGAUGCCCCUGGCAAAGUCUCCACCAGCCUCCAAACGAGGGGUUCCCAAGGAGACUCUGCCAAAGGCUCCAGCUCUCCCAGCCCCUCUAGUUUGCCAGACUGUCCAGAACUUGCCCCCAGACCAUGCAUCCAUGGUGAGGAUGGCCUACGAGGAGCCUACCUCCCUUCCCCCCGUUUCCUCUCCUCCACCGGCUCAGAGGGGACGUCCCAGGGGCCGUUCUCGGACCUCCAGCGUUUCAGCUGCAACCGCUCCUUUACACCCAUGUCCACGGGAGGAUGACAAGGAUCAGGUGGACAGGGGAUUGAAACAAAGGCUCAAGGAGCAGCUAGUCGCAACCCCCACAACAUCAGCGCCUCCGCCUGACCUCUCCGUCCUUGCUGAUGUGGCCCUCAAGCUGGAGCCUGAGACGCAGGACUCGGAGGAAACGGAAACGUCGGACGAGGCCGAGGAGCAGAAACAGUCACUGGGUGUAGAGAGCACAAGUACUGAGACUGGAACGCAGUCGCAAGCCCUUCAUCUGGAGGGUCAGUUUGUGUGGUUAGAGCACAACUACUCAAAGCCUGUGAUGCACACUGUUACACCACCUUCCCCUGCCCAGAAGAAGACAAAAGCAGACAUCCACCCGGUCAUUCUGUCCCCAGACAUCAGCCAUCAUGCCAUCUCGGUUGUGCUUGAGGCCCCUGAAGAGGUGAUUGGGGAGGUGCAGCCAGCCACAGAGGAUGCUGUGGAACUUCACUCACCUUUAGGGGUGGGCUUAUUGGGGGAGUGUGGGGAUGCUAAGGCUGCCAUUAUUGCUGUCCUGCCCACUGCAAAACAACGAGGGCCAGCAGCCAGAGAAGUCGACCUGGUGGAAGAGGUGGCGAAAGGGAAGAGCAAAGGCAGGAAAAAGAGGAGAAGGAAGGAGAAAGAGGAGCAGCAGAAGACCAAGAAGCAGAAGGUGCGCCUAAGCAAAAAGGAGCGAAAGAGGAAACUGGAGGAAAUGGAGCUCGAGGAGGUGGACGUGGAGCAGCUGGAGGCAGAGGCCCUGGAAGAAUCGGAUGAGUCUGCGGAGGAGGAUGAAGAGGAAGAAUGGCGUGAGUCAGAAGAUGUCCGGAAGAGUGAGCGACUGCUCAUACAGGAGGCCAAGGCGCGAAGCAAGCCUAAGCCCCAGACUCCACCCAAGACCUUUGAGCUGAGGAGCGAAUUUGAGCAGAUGACCAUCCUUUAUGAUAUCUGGAACUCGGGCCUGGACAUGGAGGAUAUGCAGCUUCUCAAGAUGACCUAUGAGAGGCUCCUACAAGAGGAGCACAGCAUGGACUGGCUCAAUGACACCCACUGGGUGCCCCAUACUAUCACCAAUAUCCCAAAUCCACGGCGCAAGAGGAAGAACCUAGAUGAACAACUACGGGAACAUGUAACUGGCUGUGCUCGCAGUGAGGGUUAUUAUGCCAUCAGUCGCAAGGAGAAGGACAUCUACCUCGACCUCUAUCCCGGAUCUGCCCAGGAGUUGGACCACGACAAUCUGGCCAGUAACCGAGUUUUGUCUGAGCGGCGAUCCGAGCAGCGUCGCCUGCUCAGUGCCAUUGGAACACAGGCUGUCAUGGAUUCUGACCUGCUGAAGCUCAACCAGCUCAAGUUCCGAAAGAAGAAGCUUCGUUUUGGGCGCAGCCGAAUCCACGAGUGGGGGCUGUUUGCCAUGGAGCCCAUUGCCGCGGACGAAAUGGUCAUAGAGUACGUAGGCCAGAACAUCAGACAGAUGGUGGCUGACAACCGGGAGAAGCGCUACGCGCAGGAGGGCAUCGGGAGCAGCUAUCUGUUCCGCGUUGACCAUGACACCAUCAUCGACGCAACCAAGUGUGGCAACCUGGCCCGCUUCAUUAACCACUGUUGCACCCCAAACUGCUAUGCCAAGGUUAUCACCAUAGAAUCCCAGAAGAAGAUUGUGAUUUAUUCGAAGCAGCCCAUCGGGAUCAAUGAGGAGAUCACCUAUGACUACAAGUUCCCCAUCGAGGAGAAUAAAAUCCCUUGCUUGUGCGGCACCGAGAAUUGCCGUGGCACUCUCAACUAGAUACAACCCUCAGGGUGAUGCUCAGAAUGACCUAAUCUGACCUGAGACUUUGGGUAGGACAAAGACUGCUCCUGUUCCUCUGCCCCUUCAGCUGUCUGUUUUCUCCACAUCAAGUCAGAGGUCCCUUCUCUGACUGUUUGCGCACACAGUCCACUUAGUCAUGUUUUACCAGAUAAAUUGGAGUUACUAUCUCUUGUUGGUGCCUUCAAUGAGGCCCAUAGGAUGAAAACAAAUAGGCUGCCCAAAGGAUUUCAAAUAAGAUAAAUCUGAGAGACAAAUGUCAAUCACAGUUGGCUGUCCACAUUGCUGCUCCCUGCAUCAUUUCAGGGAUUCUAGGUACUGGUUUGUGUUUCUGAUCCCAGAACUGAACCAUAGAAUCAAAAAUACACCAUAGUCGCUGCAGCUGCAAGAUAGCGGGGCCAGUGGUGCCUCGUGGAAGCGCACCUCGCAUCACAUGGCCGCCUGUGCCAAAUGGGGCCUUGUCCCCUCACAAAAAAUAUAGAUUAACAGCUCAGGCUGAGAGGUCUGGCUAAAGGUCACCGUCACUGUCUGCGUGGCCCUGAUAUGCAAAUAUUUCAAGUGUUACGCUUAUAGCUUCAUUUCCUUUACGCAAGUACAUAAAUGAUGUUUUUACAGUACAGAUGGAGGGUAUAAUUGUGUCCACACUCCUAAGUGGUCAGAACACCACCAUUUUCUUCUUUGCAGUUCAGUUUUGAAGAUAGGUUCCUACCUAAGACCCCGCCACUUACGGAAAUAUCAGAUCUUCCCCCCCGUUUUCACCAUUUGGUGUUAGUAAGAAAAAAAAAUUACACAUUAGAAUGCCUAGAAGGCAAAAAGCUGAUGAUUUUAGUACUUAUAUAGUAAUUUUCUAGUGUAUGCCACAGCAUAGACAAAUGCUCCAAAUCUCUGAAUUUCAUUUCCCCCAUCAGUCUGUUAGUAAAUGAGUUUCUGUGCUUGGCCCCACACAAGCAAAGCCCUGCAAAAGGUCUGAAGGACCAAGGGGAACAGACUUAGACUGCUGCCUGCCUGCCUGGAAACAUGGCUCUAAGGGCUGUCAGGAGAGGCCUCACCAUCACUUGUGGCAUUGCUAGCAUCUUGGCAGCUCUCUGCAGACUGUCAGUGGCACAGUGCAGCUCGUGAAGUGUGCUGUAGCCCAGCGAGCCCAGUGUGAGCGGUGCAGCCGUCUCGGAGGACUUCACACUGCAGCCAAGUCACCGAGUGUUUUCCCCUUGAGAGCGUGCUGCGAGCGGGUAAAUAUCUCUAUACGAGGCCACAUUGACUGCUCUCUUGGGCAGCAUUAUGGAUGUGUGGCUCUUUGUUGCGUUUUUGUCACUCUGUGUAUCUGUUUUAGAAAUAGUUUUGAUUGGUGUCUUAGUCACAUUAACAGAUGAUUCUAGCAUUCGGUACAACUUCCCAUUUUCACACCUCUUUGUUCAUCACUCAUCAAUCCCGCAAACCAGAAGCCCAGUAUUCUUCCCAGUGCAGUACUUUUUUUUUUUUUUUUUUUUAUUUUUUUUUAAAAUUAAUAUAAAAGAAGAUUAGGAGACCCCCCCCCACAAUUACAUUCUUGAUUUCCGUGCGUAAAAUGAAAUUACCAGGUAAUACAGGAUGUGAUAAAAGCGACAAAAGAUGCUGCCUUUUGACAGAGAAGGAAGACAAGUUGCGUCAGUGUCAGAGUGCCCAGUUUCCAGACAGGACUGCCCAGUUCCGUCUUCGACAGUUACGUGCUGGAUGUCGGGAAUAAGAGGAGUGUCACUCUCUUCCAGCGCUGCCCAGUUCCUGUGAGGCACUCCAAACUCAGGAAGUGUCGCUCGCUUACAAUUUUGUUUGAGAGAAAACAAGAAAAAACAUCCUUUCAGCGUUCUUUCCCAAAAAGACAAACCUGUAGAUAUUUGAAGAUAUUUCUAGUUCCAACAAGUCUUUCAUUACAAACCCGCUUAGAUAUGACAGAAAAGGAAAAAAAAAAGUUGAAAGAAUGAAAUGUAAAUAUUGUAGAAGUGUUUGUUUCUCGUAGAAACACACUGGUAUCAGUCUGUAAAUAUGUUCUUCCUUUCCUACUCCCAGAAAACUGUACAUACAUUUC